GGGCGGGGGCGGGCAGCGGAGCCGCCGCGUCUGCGGGAGCCGCCGCCGCCGCCCCGCCGGGCCGCGCCGGGCCAGCGCCGGGGAGCGCAGCGGGGAGCGCCGGGGGGGGGCGGGGGGAGCGCGGCGGCGGCGGGGAGCGCAGCGGAGCAGCCGGCAUCGCCGAGCGCGGGCGGCGGCGGGCGGGAGGAGCGCGGCCGAGGGCCCCGGCGGAGCCGCCGACACCGGCAGAGCCGUGCCCCGGGCCCCGGCAGCGGCCGCCCCGCCCGGCCCCGGGGGGCGCCGGGCCCGGCCCGGCCCGGCCAUGCUCGGCCUGGAUGUGUGCGAGGCCGGCGGGCAGCUGCUGGAGCUGCUCUGGCUGGCGCUGUGCUACCGAGACAUCAUGGCUGACAAGGAGGGGGUGACGCUGUCACUGGAGGAGGAGGAGGAGGAUGCCGACGUGGCCCUGGCGUACAAGACGCCGGAGAAGAAGAGCUUGCGGGAGAUCCAGGAGCUGGACCCAGGGGACGAGAGCCUGCGGAAGUACAAGCAGGCGCUGCUGGGUGCCAUCCCUGCUGCCGUGGAUGCCAGCGUGCCCAACGUGCAGGUGACAAGGCUCACCCUGAUGUGUGAGCAGGCGCCGGGGCCCAUCACCAUGGACCUGACAGGAGACUUGGAGGUGCUGCGGGGCCGGGCCUUCGUGCUGAAGGAGGGGGUGGACUACAGGGUGAAGGUGUCCUUCAAGGUGAACAGGGAGAUUGUCUGUGGGCUGCGGUGCCUGCACCUCACCUACCGCCGGGGCCGGCCCGUGGACCGCGACGUCUUCAUGGUGGGCAGCUACGCGCCGCGGGCCGAGGAGUACGAGGUGGUGACGCCGUCGGAGGAGGCGCCGCGGGGCUGGCUGGCACGGGGCUCCUACCGCGUCCGCUCCCUCGUCACCGACGAUGACAAGAUGGAGCAUCUCUCCUGGGAGUGGGGCCUCUGCAUAAAGAAGGGCUGGGAGGACUGACCCCCCCCCCCCCCCCCCCCGCCCCCCGGUGUCCCCCCCCCCCCCGCCAGCUCGGGGACACGGUGCCUGCCAUCCCAGGGGACACCUCGCCGGCGCCGCCGUGCUCGCCCCAGUUGUGUGAAGGGUGGGGGGGUGGGGGGGUGGGGGUUCCUUAGCGAGUGGGCGCCCGCGGUCGUGGUCUUCGCAACCAAAGUUAUUUUUAAUUGCUGUUUUUUUUUUUAAAUACCGACGCCCGCCUGGUCCCUGCGGCAUCCCCAUCGCUGGGGCCGGGGCCGUGACCCCGUCGUGGCGGCGCCGUGCCCGGUCGCAGGCUGUGCUCUUCCAUUGCCAUUAAACCCUACAAACUGGUCUCUUA